CCGAACGGCCCUCCCCCCACCCCCCCCACACUCGUUCUUCUCCUAUCUACUAUCCACACACACGCGCGGCAAAAAAGAAACCCCGAAAGAUUGAUAGAAAAUGCACUUUGCGCUCCCGACACGGGGGAACCACCGGUCUUCGCCGUUCCUGACGAACUCGGUAUCGCGCAGCUAUAUCCCUCGAGGACUGCACCGGCCGCUAUGCGUUCUCGUGGUCUUCCUGGUGGCCGUGUUCGUGCUCCUGCGCACCCUGUCUGGCGAUGGACGGCCGACCGAUGCCCCAAGGACCGUCAUGGUGCUCGUCCUCAAUCGCACCGACCACUCCAAUGAACAUAUCAACAGGAUCGUGGCGAACAGACAGGAGUAUGCGAAGGCUCACGGCUACGGUCUCUCCAUCAAAAGCGUGGCCGACUACCCCGGCGGCGGCGCAUCCAGCGAGUGGGCGAAGGUGCCCGCGAUCCGGCACGCCAUGGCGACCUACAAGUACUCUGAGUACUUCUGGUACCUCGACCAGGACGCGAUCAUCAUGAACCCGUCGCUAUCCCUCGAGGAGCACGUUCUCGGCCGGCUCAGCUCGCUGAUGCGGCGCGACGUACCGAUCGUCCCGCCCAGCUCGGUGAUCAAGACGUACCGCCACGUGCCCGCGGAGCGCAUACAGUUCAUUCUCACGCAGGAUAGGGAAGGCCUCCAGCCAGGGAGCAUGAUCAUUAAGAGCGGAGCCUGGGCAAAUUACUUCCUCGAUGCCUGGUAUGACCCGAUGUUUAGGUUUUACAACUUUGCGAAGAAGGAGAGACAUGCUUUGGAACAUAUCGUCCAAUGGCACCCGACCAUCUUGACGAAGCUGGCACUAAUCCCGCAGAAGGUGCUAGGCGCAUACACGCCGGCUGCCCAAGCGGGCGGUGCAUACGAGGACGGGGACUUUGUAAUACUAUUCCACGAGUGCUGGAAACCCGGACGGAGCUGCGAGAAGGAGUUCAACACGUACUGGGAGAAGAGACAGACCGCCGAGGAGUCAUAGAUGGGAUGUAAUGUGCA